AUGAGCCAAGAGCUGCUGGUUGAGGUCGGUGCAUUGGAGGAGAGCGACAGUUGCGAACCUUCGGUGACGUGCGCCUCGCUGAACGUGGACUGUGAGUUUGGGCACUGGACUUCCUGGAGUGCUUGCAGCGUGACCUGUGGUACUGGUCAAAGAUACCAUACCAGGACUGUGAUCGUGCACGCGCAGGCGUCGGGACACCGGUGUGAUGGUGGCAUGGAGGAGGUGCAGUCCUGUACCAUGGAGCCGUGCGGCGCAGCACGGGAUUGCUCCUACACAGAGUGGAGCACUUGGAGCGACUGCAGCCGAAACUGCGGCGGGGGCCAUCGGAGUCGUUCUCGCGACGUCUGGCGUACUGCGAAGAACGGCGGAGCCGAGUGCCCCGAGGCCGACCUGGAGGAAACCGGCGUGUGCAACACCCAGGACUGCAUCGCAAACGCUUGGGGCAAGAUCGACUGUACCUGGAGCACCUGGUCUUCUUGGCGAUCCUGUUCCACCUCCUGCGGCAUGGGCGAGGCCAGAAGAACUCGCAUCAUCGUUCAGCAGGCUGCCCACUCUGGCCAACCUUGCAGCGGAUUCUACCAGGAGUUCCGCAAGUGCCAAGACAAGCCCUGCGAGCAGAAGGAUUGUCAGUUCUCCGCCUGGGAAUACUGGAGCAGCUGCUCCGACAG